UUACAUUAUGCAGUUUUACACAAAUUUUAUUAGCUGUUAAAAUUAGCUUGUGUUUAUCAAUAAAAUUACUAAUUGUCACCAAAUUUAUCAAAUUUAAGUGCAAUAUUGAUCCAGCCUCUUCUUAUUGCGUAUUUAUUAAUCAUUUUUAAUAAUUCAAAAGGACCAUUUUAUACAAAUCCACAAGUUUAAAAUAAAAUUCGCUCAACAUGUUUUCCGGCAUGAAACGUGCAACCAGAUUGGAAGCACAGAACACGAAACGUAAUCGUCGCAUAAUUGAGGAAUUCGUAAAGAGUGUUGACGUGCCAAACUGGUAUCGUGGUUUGUCAUCAUUUCAGAUAUCGGCCGCCUAUCAAUUACAUUAUGCCAUACGUGAUGACCUUGAACAGGGUACAACCGAUCGUGUUAUGCAUUUGAUUAAUCACCUUGGCCUACGACCAUCUAUAAGUAAACAAAAUAUUCAAUUUAUGAUGUUUCUAAGUGGUGGCAAUGAUUUGGCUUUUUUAUGGUUCAUCAAAGAAUUAUUCUACAAAUCCGAUGGCCAAGAUUAUAAUCUUAACGAACAAUUAAUUUUAUCAAGUAUUGCACAUUUAGACACAUUAUAUACACUGCGUGGUUUGGAUAGCAUACUGCCACCGGAGCAGCCAACAAAAGAAGAAAUUCGUCGUAUGGCCCGACAGAAAAUUGCUAAACAAAAAUUACAAUUCCAGGCGACUGAAAUUGAAGAAAGAACGGUGAAUAGCGUUAAAGUGCAUUACAAACUGCCAUAUUUUGAUGAGUUGGUACGACCACGACCUUAUCAUAAUUGUUUAACAGCAUAUCCACCGACUUAUCAAACUAAAAUGAUAUUCGAAGAUGUACUUCGCGACCCGAAUCAUGUAAUACCGAAUGCAAACAAUCGCUGGUUCGCUGAUUAUCAGUUGCAUCCCGGCAAGAAGACGGGUGUGGAAAUGUUAAAUGAAAAAAUGGAUGCAAUUUUUGAGUCGAAAUUCCCUAGACAAUCGCUGAUGCUUCAGAAUGUAUUUAACAAACACUUUUUGAACGUGUUAGAGCCAAAAUUUUCAAAUGACGAUGACAAAAUGAAAAGGAAUUUAUGUCUACACCAUAAGACCUUAGCGGAAAUGGAGAUACGAAUCGAGCAUGAAUUACGAAUGAGAGCGCGUGACAAAUGUAUGAAAUAUUUUGAUGCCGAAACGCCGAAAAAAGAGGAACGCAUUGCACGCAUACGCCAGCAGAUUGAGAAAGACGUUAAUGAGCGUGUGAAACAAUUUAAGCGUUUAGCUGAUCGGACGCGCAGUCACCUAGAUCUUUGGUCUAAAUCAUAUGACGACAUGGGAACGUGCAGCUCAAUUGAAACUAUCGACGGUGAUAAUAAGAAUUGUGAUCGUUUAAGUGGCGGCCUACAACAUACGAGUAGAUGGUCGGCAUCCACAUGCCGAAGUCAAAGUUAUUUAACACAAAAUGAUUAUACUUCUGGCUAUCAAAGUGAUUUAAGAUGUGAAAAUUAUAGAAACAACUCCUCUGUGACUGAAAAAAAAUAUCUCAAAUACAAUAUUGGCGAUUGUUUCAAUCUUAACGCGGAAACGAGGGUAAAAUGUUGUAAGGAAUGUAAAGGUCUAGCAGAAACUACGCGGCGCCAACGCUCUCCACGCAACGUUUCUAAAGUACAACGUGCUCGUGAAAUAUUACAUCGGACGCCAUGCGAUUGUGGCUAUAAUUAUGUAAAGAAAUACGAUUAUGGCCAUUCAGAAAAGGCGCCUUACGAAGCUGAAGAAUACUUCCGCGCGCCGGAUACAAAUCGUCCCUACAUGUUUGACUAUCCGAAAGUAUUUGACAACCGGGAUCCGCGCAAGGAGCACAGCCGCAUGAAUGUGCAAAAAACAUUUCUUAAAGUUAUAAAUAGUGAUUUAAAUUUAGAUAAAAAUGAUCCGAAAGCACCGCAAAAUCUUGAUGAAGCCGUAAAAGAAUAUGCGAAAAAAAUAUUCAAAGAAGGUGUAAUAGAGAAAAAUAUUGAACUUGCCGAACAGGAAGAAUUGGAGAAAAAUAGACGACGAUAUGCAUUUUUGGAUGUUGAAAUGGAUUAUUAUGAUCCAGAUGAUCGUAAAUUAAUGCAAGGUAUGCUCAAAAAUGCACUCGACCAUUUGGCUAAAGAUCCGAAAUAUGUAUUAGCUUCUAUGCCGGAUGCGCAUAAGCUGCCUUCGCUACUUGCUUGGAUGGAGACACGUUACGGUAAAACGUAUACGCGUGAGCAGUUACGUAACGUGCACAUUGCAUCUGCGCCCACAUUCCACGCUUUGAAACAAAUGACCGUAGACGUUAUGAUGCCCUCAGCUAAAAAUCUAGGCGAUGCCAUAUUUGUUAAUUAUAACUGCAGAGAUUAUCUCAUGAAAAAGACCGAAAAGCUGCGUAAUGACUAUUAUAAAAAAGUGAACGAUUCCAUUAUGGCUCAAUCGCGUGCUUUCUACUUGGCAAUUAAGCCGUAUGUAGGUAAUCAUCCCCGACAUACCUUCUUCGCGUAUAUGCCCUCGCGUGAAGCGGAUAUUCAACAUUUUCGUAUUUGGCGUCCACACGAGCAUAUGCCGGCCAAGGAUGAGUUCUUCAAGCGGAAAUGUCGUGCUAUCAGACUGGCGAACCGAUUCUAUUAAGUUUAGUCGCAUUUUCGGUUUGGGAUGUAGUGUUGUAAGCGUAAAGAAUGUUAAACGAAUUAAUGUUUAUACUCUUGUUGUUUGGUAUGGUAUGGUGUGUGCAGCGAAAAAAUUAUAUCGUGUGACGUACAUAUAGAAUUUUGCAUUAAUUUUGACAAUAACGCGUCUAGUAGUCAAUCACAAUUGUUGCACAAUUGUUUAUCUUAUCAGAAAUUUUUGCUCAAAAUUAAAGAAAUGAAAUAAUUUAA